AUGACAGCUUUUGUCAUUAAAUGACAAGCUAACCAAUAAAUUCAAAAACAUAUUUUUAUGGGAAAAUUAAAAAAAAUAAGAGGAAUUUGUUAAUUCAAAACGCUGGAGACCGGGUAUUAUGAUAAGAACAAUUUAAUAACCUGUAGCCUGCAGUUCCCUGUAAUAUUUAUAAUUUAUUAUGUCUACUUACGCUGCUAACAUUGUUACUGAAAAUGGAGAACAAUUUAUUCCGGCAUCUCAGCGACCCGAUGGAACAUGGAGAAAAGCUCGAAGAGUUAAAGAAGGAUACGUUCCUCAGGAAGAAGUUCCUCUUUAUGAAAGUAAAGGUAAACAGUUCAUGGCUAAAAAACAAGAACCGAUAGUAUUGUCGACUGGGAAGACUGCUCAGAGACCUAUACCGGGUCUGUUUAUUAUACAGGAUGAUAAGGAAAAGAAAGGAAACAAGAAAAAACCCAAAAACAAAAUAGAGGAGAUCAACAAAAUACUUGAAAGCACCAAAAUAUCAGAGAAAACCUCAGAAAAACCCAAAAAAGAAAAGCCUGAGAAAGGAAAACAGGUGCAAUCUCCUGAAAGUACCGAUCCAGCGAAAAAACUGAAGAAUUUGAAAAAACGUUUGCGAGAAGUGGAAGCCUUGGAAGAAAAAAUAAAAAGUGGGGCUCUCAGCAAACCGGAACCAGAACAACUGGCUAAAAUAAACAGGAAAAACGAUUUAUUAGUUCAGAUAAGGGAACUGGAGAAACAAGUGCAAUGAGGUACAUACAUACUGUAAAUAUAUCAUUUGCGUUCGAUGUAGAUAUAUGAUAGUAAUUCUUAUGGUAGUAAUUGUUUCCUUCGAACAUACAAGCAAUUUUGAGAGCUAGGUACUAUGUAAAAUAAGAUAUUGUUUAUAAUAAUUAAAUUUUUUGAGAUCUACACAAUAGUAAUACAACAAAAGGAGUGGAAAAUCAGCAAAUUUGAAAUAUUUAUGAUUUUUUACAUCAUGUGAACGAGUGUUACACAUGGUUUUUU